GGCGCGCCCCCGACGUCCUACAAAUACUCAGGUGCGCCGCACCUGUCCGUCCGCACCUGCCGGCUCGCCGGCUCUUCCGUGCACUGCGGCUUCAGGCCAAUAGCUCAGGAUCUUAUUCUGGGCUUGCCAGGCACUCAGGGCCGCGCCCAGACGGCCCCCGCACCUUUCGUUUGGGUCGUGUCGUCCAGAGCGCCGGGGGGACCAACCCGGCCUUGGGGAUCGCUUUUGUGUGGAGCCGCUCCUCCAGGCAUCGCCCGCUCCGUCGGCUGAGACCCCGGGGAGGGGUCGGUCUAGACUUGCUCGGGGGACCAGAAGAUAAGAUCUGCACCUAGCCGGUUCGCCUUUGUCUCUUUCGGAGACUAAAAAACUUUACUCAACUCGCUUUUUCUGUGGGGCUGCCCCCACCCCAAGUUCCAUUUCCUUCUCGGGGCUCCCCGUCUUGUCUAGAAGGCGGAAAUGGCCAACUCGGGCCUGCAGUUGCUGGGCUUUGCCAUGGCCCUCCUGGGUUGGGUAGGCCUGCUGGCCAGCACCGCCAUCCCACAAUGGCAGAUGAGCUCGUACGCAGGCGACAACAUCAUUACGGCUCAGGCCAUGUACAAGGGGCUGUGGAUGGAGUGCGUCACGCAGAGCACCGGCCUGAUGAGCUGCAAAUCCUACGACUCCGUGCUCGCCCUGUCCGCUGCCCUGCAGGCCACUCGCGCCCUCAUGGUGGUGUCUCUGGUACUGGGCUUCAUGGCCAUGUUCGUGGCGACCAUGGGCAUGAAGUGCACGCGCUGUGGGGGAGACGACAAAGUGAAGAAGGCACGCAUAGCCAUGUCUGGAGGCAUCAUUUUCAUUGUGGCAGGUCUGGCCGCCUUGAUUGCUUGCUCCUGGUAUGGUCAUCAGAUUGUCACAGACUUUUACAACUCCUUGAUCCCCAUGAAUGCAAAGUAUGAGUUUGGCUCUGCCAUCUUCAUUGGCUGGGCAGGGUCAGCUCUGGUGCUCCUGGGAGGAGCGCUGCUCUCCUGUUCCUGCCCUGGGAGUGAGAAAGCCUCAUACCGCACACCCCGCUCCUACCCCAAGACCAACUCUGCCAAGGAGUACGUGUGAGCUGGGGCCCCUGGGCCCGGCCUGGCAGGCUCUGGGUGUACCCAGAGGCUUCUAUGGGCCUGGGAUAGGGCUCAGCCUGGGAGCAGGUGCGGGACAAGGCCUCCUGCUCAGUUCAUCCCUGCACACCAUGUACAGUUCU